AUAAUCCGCAGGGCGGUCGCGGCACGGGAGAAGGGGCAGCGCCGCACCGCGCGCACCGCGCCAUGGGGGCUGCGUCCGGCCAGCGAGGGCCGUGGCCGUUGUCGCCUCCGCUCUUGACGCUGUCGCUGCUGGUGGUGCUGCUGCUGCCGCCGUCGCCCGCCGCGGCGCUCGACCCCGGAUUGCAGCCGGGCAACUUUUCUGCGGACGAGGCAGGGGCGCAGCUCUUCGCUGAAAGCUAUAACUCGAGCGCCGAGGUGGUGAUGUACCAGAGCACCGCGGCCAGCUGGGCGUACGACACCAACAUCACGGAGGAGAAUGCGCAGCGCCAGGAGGAAGCGGCCCUGCUCAACCAGGAGUUUACAGAGGUCUGGGGCAAGAAGGCCAAGGAGCUGUAUGAGUCCAUGUGGCAGAACUUUGCUGACUCAAAGCUGCGAAGGAUCAUCGGAUCUAUUCGGACCCUAGGACCUGCCAACCUGCCCCUGGCCCAGCGGCAGCAGUACAACUCUCUGCUAAGCAACAUGAGCAGAAUCUACUCCACUGGCAAGGUCUGCUUCCCCAACAAGACUGCCACCUGCUGGUCCCUGGAGCCAGAGCUCACCAACAUCCUGGCUUCCUCACGAAGCUAUGCCAAGCUGCUGUUUGCCUGGGAGGGCUGGCAUGAUGCUGUGGGAAUCCCACUGAAACCUCUCUAUCAAGACUUUACUGCCCUCAGUAAUGAAGCCUACAGACAAGAUGGCUUCUCGGACACAGGAGCCUACUGGCGCUCCUGGUAUGAGUCCCCCUCCUUUGAGGAGAGUCUGGAGCAUCUCUACCACCAACUAGAGCCCCUCUACCUGAACCUCCAUGCCUACGUUCGCCGCGCACUGCAUCGCCGCUAUGGGGACAAAUACAUCAAUCUCAGGGGGCCAAUUCCCGCUCAUCUGCUGGGAGACAUGUGGGCCCAGAGCUGGGAGAACAUCUACGACAUGGUAGUGCCUUUCCCAGACAAACCCAACCUCGAUGUCACCAGUACAAUGGUACAGAAGGGCUGGAAUGCCACACACAUGUUCCGGGUAUCAGAGGAAUUCUUCACCUCGCUGGGUCUCUCACCCAUGCCUCCUGAGUUCUGGGCAGAGUCAAUGCUGGAGAAACCAACUGAUGGACGGGAGGUGGUGUGCCAUGCCUCUGCCUGGGACUUCUACAACAGGAAGGACUUCAGGAUUAAGCAGUGCACACGGGUCACGAUGGAUCAGCUCUCCACGGUGCACCACGAGAUGGGCCAUGUGCAGUACUAUCUCCAGUACAAGGACCUGCAUGUCUCUCUGCGUAGAGGUGCCAACCCUGGCUUCCAUGAGGCCAUUGGGGAUGUGCUUGCACUCUCUGUCUCUACCCCUGCGCAUCUGCAGAAAAUCGGCCUGCUGGACCAUGUUGUCAAUGACAUAGAAAGUGACAUCAAUUACUUGCUAAAGAUGGCCCUCGAGAAAAUUGCCUUCUUGCCCUUUGGUUACCUGGUGGACCAGUGGCGUUGGGAGGUCUUCAGUGGACGGACCCCACCCUCUCGCUACAACUUUGACUGGUGGUAUCUUCGAACCAAGUAUCAGGGGAUCUGCCCACCAGUUUCCCGGAAUGAAACCCAUUUUGAUGCCGGAGCCAAGUUUCACAUCCCGAGCGUGACACCAUACAUCAGGUACUUUGUGAGCUUCGUGCUGCAGUUCCAGUUCCAUCAAGCACUGUGCAAGGAGGCAGGCCACCAGGGCCCACUACACCAGUGUGACAUCUACCAGUCCACCAAGGCGGGGGCCAAGCUCCAGCAGGUAUUGCAGGCUGGCUGCUCCAGGCCCUGGCAGGAGGUGCUGAAGGACCUGGUAGGCUCAGAUGCCCUGGAUGCCAAGGCACUGCUGGAGUACUUCCAACCGCUCAACCAGUGGCUGGAGGAGCAGAAUCAGCGGAAUGGCGAAGUCCUAGGCUGGCCAGAGUAUCAGUGGCGUCCACCGCUACCCGACAACUACCCAGAGGGCAUUGACCUAGAGACUGAUGAAGCCAAAGCUGACAGGUUCGUGGAGGAGUAUGACCGGACAGCCCAGGUGUUGUGGAACGAGUACGCAGAGGCCAACUGGCAUUAUAACACCAACAUUACCAUAGAGAACAGCAAGAUCCUGCUUCAGAAAAACAAGGAAGUGUCCAACCACACCCUGAAAUAUGGCACCUGGGCCAAGACAUUUGACGUGAGCAACUUUCAAAACUCUACCAUCAAGCGGAUCAUAAAGAAGGUUCAGAACAUGGAACGGGCAGUGUUGCCUCCCAAGGAAUUAGAAGAGUACAACAAAAUCCUGCUAGACAUGGAGACAACUUACAGCGUAGCCAACGUUUGCUACACAAAUGGCACUUGUCUGCCCCUGGAGCCUGAUCUGACAAAUAUGAUGGCCACAUCCCGGAAAUACGAAGAACUGCUAUGGGCGUGGAAGAGCUGGAGAGACAAAGUGGGGAGAGCCAUCCUUCCCUUUUUCCCUAAGUAUGUGGAAUUCUCCAACAAGAUCGCCAAGCUCAACGGCUACACAGAUGCAGGGGACUCAUGGAGAUCCUUCUACGAGUCUGACAGCUUGGAGCAAGACCUGGAAAAACUGUAUGAGGAGCUGCAGCCGCUCUACCUGAACCUGCAUGCCUAUGUGCGCCGGUCCCUGCACCGCCACUAUGGGCCUGAGUACAUCAACCUGGAUGGUCCCAUUCCUGCCCAUCUGCUAGGGAACAUGUGGGCGCAGACCUGGUCCAACAUCUAUGAUUUGGUGGCGCCCUUCCCUUCUGCCCCCAAUUUAGAUGCUACAGAAGCCAUGAAAAAGCAGGGAUGGACACCCAGAAGAAUCUUUAAAGAAGCUGACAAUUUCUUUACCUCCUUGGGGCUGUUACCUGUGCCCGCUGAGUUCUGGAACAAGUCCAUGUUAGAGAAGCCAACCGAUGGAAGGGAGGUGGUGUGCCAUGCCUCAGCCUGGGACUUCUACAACGGCAAGGACUUCAGGAUCAAGCAGUGUACCUCUGUGAACAUGGAGGACUUGGUGAUAGCACACCACGAAAUGGGCCACGUCCAGUAUUUCAUGCAGUACAAAGACUUACCCAUGACCUUUCGGGAGGGUGCCAACCCCGGUUUUCAUGAAGCUAUUGGAGAUGUGCUAGCUCUGUCGGUGUCUACCCCCAAGCAUCUACACAGUCUCAACCUGCUUAGUAGUGAGGGCAGUGGCUACGAGCAUGACAUCAACUUUCUAAUGAAGAUGGCCCUCGACAAGAUCGCCUUCAUCCCGUUCAGCUACCUCAUGGACCAGUGGCGCUGGAGGAUUUUUGAUGGGAGCAUCACCAAGGAGAACUACAACCAGGAGUGGUGGAGCCUCAGGCUGAAGUAUCAGGGUCUCUGCCCUCCAGUGCCUCGAUCCCAAGGUGACUUUGACCCAGGGUCCAAGUUCCACAUACCUGCGAAUGUGCCAUACAUCAGGUACUUUAUCAGCUUCAUCAUCCAGUUCCAGUUCCACGAGGCACUGUGUCACGCAGCCGGGCACACGGGUCCCCUGCACAAGUGUGACAUCUACCAAUCCAAGGAAGCAGGGAAGCUCCUGGCGGAUACCAUGAAGCUGGGCUACAGUAAGCCGUGGCCAGAGGCCAUGAAGCUGAUCACAGGCCAGCCUAACAUGUCAGCUUCUGCCAUGAUGAAUUACUUCAAGCCACUGACAGAAUGGCUCGUCACCGAGAACAGGAGACAUGGAGAGACACUGGGCUGGCCGGAGUACACCUGGACACCAAACACGGCUCGUGCAGAAGGCUCCCUCCCAGAGUCCAGCCGCGUCAACUUCCUGGGCAUGUACCUGGAGCCACAGCAGGCCCGCGUGGGCCAGUGGGUGCUGCUCUUCCUAGGCGUCGCCCUGCUGCUGGCCACCGUGGGUCUCGCCCAUCGUCUCUACAACAUCCAUAACCAUCACAGCCUCCGCCGGCCCCACCGCGGGCCCCAGUUUGGGUCUGAGGUGGAGCUCAGACACUCCUGAGGUGACCCUGUCGGCAAGGCCAGCAGAGGAGUGUUCCAGAAGAGACUGGAUGGAGUACAUGGUGAUUGAGUGGAACAUACCCUCGCUGAGCCUUCCUCCCUUGCUGCCCCCCAGGCCUAGCCCCCAUUCUCUAGAUAAUCAGCAUCUGACUGGCUGAACUUCCCUGCCCAGCCUCCCUGAAUCCAAUUAAAGGUUCUCCCCAACA